AUGCCCGGGUCGUUGUGUUUGGAGACCCCUGGUCAGACGUCCAAAAAUCGACCGCAAAAUCAACCAGGAGUGGUGUUGUAUUCGUCGUCGGGAAGUGACCACAGUCUCGGAAGAGAGAGGUCGCCGACCAUUAGCAGCUACCCAAAAGGAUCUCCUUCGCUGUGGACAGGCACUUGCAGCCCAUUAGGUGGUUCGCAAUUUUCGUUGGCCACUCAAAACACGUGCUGUUGUCAGCAUGUGGUUAACAACUGCAAAAUGAUGAUAGAAAACAACAAUAAUAUGUGGCAACAAAAUUCGUUCAAACACAAUAGAGGCAAUAAUGGGGGGCCUAAAAAUUCAAAUGGGGAACCAUACGAAGACAGUGACGGUCUAACGUGGAGGAGGUUGCACAUGAGCAGAGCAAAACUCAAAGCUACAGCUACCACAUCUGAACUCUUAUCCGGAUUUGCUAUGGUGGCGAUGGUGGAGCUGCAGAUCAACGAGCCGACCAUGGUGCCUGAAUGGCUGUUCAUCAUGUUCGCGGUGUGCACCACCGUGCUGGUGGCCGUGCACAUAUUCGCGUUGAUGAUCAGCACGUACCUGUUGCCCAACGUGGACGCCAUCAGCAAGCUGCAGAGCACCAAGCUGAUCCAGGAGUCGCCGCACGAGCGCAUGCGCGGCUUCGUCGAGCUGGCCUGGGCGUUCUCCACCGUGCUCGGACUGUUCCUGUUCCUGGUCGAGGUGGCCAUACUGUGCUGGGUCAAGUUCUGGGACCACUCGUUCCGGGCCGCCAUGGCCGCCACCAUAAUCGUCAUACCGGUGCUGGUAAUAUUUGUGUUCUUCGUGUUCCACUUCUACCGGAACCUGGUCGUGUACAAAUGCGAGUCCACCGUGUCCGACAUCAAGGAACUGGAGGCCAUGAAGAAGAAACUGGACGUGGCCGGUACCACCAAAGUCGUCUGA